AAUGAGCAGCACCAACGUGAUGAAGACACAACUUUCGCUACGAGGGAUACCUAUGAAAGAUUGUCAAAGGAGAAAAACGGAGGUAACACAUCUGCAUUCUAUUGCACUGAAAGAGCCGUCACUAACUCACCAUGCCCCCUGCGGCCACAACUAACCUGGGGUACACCCCACCAGAUGGAGGCUGGGGCUGGGCUGUGGUCUUUGGUGCCUUCAUUUCCAUCGGGUUCUCCUAUGCCUUUCCCAAAUCUCUCACCAUCUACUUCAAGGAGAUUCAGAUGUACUUCAGUGUCUCCUACAGUGAGAUUGCAUGGGUGUCCUCAAUCAUGCUGGCUUCCAUGUACGCAGGAGGUCCAGUGAGCAGUAUACUGGUCAACCGCUAUGGUUGCCGAACUGUGGUUAUCAUUGGUGGCCUCAUGGUUGGGGCGUCUAUGGUUGCUGCUUCCUUUGGCACUACGAUUAUACAUCUGUAUUUAUUAGUUGGAGUCAUUGGAGGUUUUGGCCUCUCUUUCAACCUACAGCCUUCCCUUACAAUCAUAGGAAAGUACUUCCAGGUGAAAAGGCCAAUGGCAAACGGCCUGGCCAUGGCAGGAAGUCCAGUAUUCCUCUCCACUCUGGCUCCACUCAAUCAGUUCCUGUUUGAUAACUUUGGAUGGAGGGGAGCCUUUAUGAUCCUGGGAGCCAUAGUGAUGAACUGCUGCGUUGCUGGGGCCCUGAUGAGACCCGUUAACAUGAAAACAGUCCAAAAACAUCCUGUCACAGCCUCCAAAGGAACAACUGCCAAGAAGUCUGGGUCCACUGAGAACAGCGCUAACCCUGAGGCAGGGGACCUUAUAACUGAAACAGAGCAGAAGCAGAAGAUAGGUGGCUGUGCAGACAAAUUAAUGGAUCUCUCUCUCUUUAAACACAGAGGCUUCAUCAUCUACCUCAUAGGCAAUGUGGUCAUGUUUUUUGGCUUCUUUGCUCCAGUGGUCUUUCUCCCCUCAUAUGCCAAAGGUAUUGGGAUUGAUAACUACCAGGCCGCUUUCCUUCUCUCCAUCUUUGCCUUCGUGGACAUGUUUGCCAGGCCAGGGACCGGCCUCAUCGCCAACACCAAAUGGAUUAGACCCAGGAUCCAGUACUUCUUCAGUUUCUCUGUGGCGUACAAUGGUGUGUGUCACCUCCUCUGCCCGUUCCUUGCGGUAUACCUGGGGUACACAGGCCUGGUGGUUUAUGCUGUAUUCUUUGGUGUGGCGUUUGGGAUGGUGUGUGCUCUGCUCUUUGAGGUCCUGAUGGAUCUGGUGGGAGCACAGCGGUUCUCAAGCGCUGUAGGACUGGUCACCAUCCUCGAGUGUGGCCCUGUGCUUCUGGGUCCCCCAAUUUCAGGGUUUUUGGUGGAUGUCUUUGACGACUACAAAUACAUGUAUUGGGCAUGUGGUGCCAUGAUGCUGGCACCUGGCAUCUUUCUCUUCAUCAUGAACUACUUCAAUUACAAACAACUGGACCAGGAGGUGAGGGAGAGACAGAGUGGAGCCAUUGGGAUGCAGUCUGUUAAGCAGUCUGUAGCGGAGGAGGCAGAAGCAAGGAAGAAGGAGAUGAAAAUGACUAAGGAUGAGGAAAUGGCAGAAGGGACAGGGGACUAAGGGGUUUAUUAAUGGUUAAUGUUGAUGUUUGUUAUUUAGAUCUGGGUUCAAAUAUUAUUUCAAAUAUCUCAAUUACUUUCACAAACAUUUCGAAUUAAGAAUUCAGAUAUUUUUUAUUUGAAAGAUAAGUAGUUUAACAUUGGAAUGUAUUUGGAAAUACAAUUGGAAAGUUUUGGCAUGUAUUUAAAAUUACUCAAAUACACUGACUCAAAUACACUUUAACCCAGGUAUUUGAAAAUAAUAUUUGCAUUAAGUAUUUAAAAUACUUUCAAAUACUUCCAAUAGUAGUAGUUGAUUUGUAUUUAAAUAAAAAUGAUCAAAUACACAUGUAUUUGAACCCUAGUAUAUUUUAACAUUUUAUAUUUUUUAUAUGUAUUUUUGUGUUGAGGUUGUUGAAAUAUUUGUCUCAUACUCUGUUUGCCAAAUAAGCAAUCAUGUCUUUACCCAAAGGCAAUGUAAAUACAAUAUGAUUCUUGCAAAUAAAAUGGCACAACUUCAUCAGUACUAUGUGGAGGAAGCUGUAACCCACAUAUUUAUGACCAAAAGAUGGCAGUACAGACCUACUACAGUAAAAAAAGGUUCUCUGAGCACACCAGGAGUUCAGUACGCCUGUCCUCGAGGGUUGUAGUCCUCCCUGGCACUUCAUUGCCUAAUGAAUGGAUAUCACUGAUUGGCUAGGGAAUUGUUUUUAUUUCUCGGAAUAAUAUUAUAUUACUGUAAAUUAUGUUUACAUGACCUUGACAUGCAGAACAUCCCUCAAUAUCCCCCUCAACUAUGGUAUUCAAUGUAGGCGGGUGUUACUAGUUUAUAUGCACCAAACCAAAUAAAUGUUGCCAUGAAAAUGA